UUCUGAGUCACCACAGCAUGAUCAGUGGCUAAUAAUUUGUUGGAAUACAACAUAUAUGAACGUUUCGUGUUAUGUUUAAUCAGUUAUAAGUGCGAUCAUUCAAAAUAUUAUGAAGAAAUGGAUGAUUUGACAGAAGAGACACAAUUUGUUGUGGAUGACGUCAGUAAGAUUAUUAAAGAGGCGAUAGAGAAUUCAAUUGGUGGAAAUGCAUAUAUACACAAUAAAGUCAAUCAAUGGACAUCGUCGGUAGUGGAGGCAUGUCUCAGCGCUCUCACCAAAUUACAGAAACCUUAUAAAUAUAUAGUUACAUGCACUAUUAUGCAAAAGAAUGGUGCUGGUUUACACACGGCUAGUUCAUGUUUCUGGGACAAUAGCACCGAUGGAUCUUGUACUGUUCGCUGGGAAAACAAAACCAUGUACUGUAUUGUGUCAGUUUUUGGACUAGCAAUUUAAGUUAAUUAAUUGCUUAUGCUAAAUUUGUAAGUUUAUUUAUUCUAAUGUUCUUUGUGGCACUGUUGACAUGUAAGAUUUAGGUUUAUUUAUUUUAAUAUGAAUGAGCUUAGAAUCAUGCUUACUUAUAUAGUGGAAAAAUAAAAAUUUUCAA